GUCUCACUCUCUUUUGGUCACUAUCUCUCGUUAUUUUGUCCCUUGCUUUCAGUAUCACACAGGAUGCGAGGCAACGGUCGCAGGGGAGGUUUGUUGGGUCAUUCACAGUCAAGGCAGUUACCUGUGCAGGAUGAGCCCAAUGAUCAACUAGACCAAUCUACACAGGGUCAGCCUCAGGUUCCUUCACGAUCCACUGGGAGGUCGACACCAGAUCCAGAGGGGUCUACUGCUUCAACACAGCAUCGAGCUACACCUUCACCUCCACCUCCACCACCUAUUACCCCAUCUUCUGAGCCUGCAAUUAGAUCAACCUCUGGUCAUGAAGGUCAUUCAGUUGGGGCAGCACCAAUAUCAUCAAUGGAUGGCCUAUCACUCACUACAUUUGGAAGAAAGAAAAGAAUAAAGCUCAUUAAUGGCACGUUACAUCCAUCUGAGGAAUGUGCUAAGAAGAUGAAGAAUAUCUUCAAGGAGAGGAUGGACCCAGAGGGGCACUGUUGGAAAACUAUCACGCCUAAAACAAAAUAGUUUUACUGGGAUGAAUUUCAAGUAAUAAAAUAAAUAUUUAAAUAUAAUUAGCUAUCAGAUAACUAAUUUGCAUAGUUUAUGAAACCUCAAAAAAGAAUGUUAUGAACAAAUAUCAUUUAAGUGAUGAAAAUUUGUGAAUUAAUGUAAAAGAACACAAUUGAAGUAUAUUAAUGC